GGUGACAAGACCCAACGCUUCUUCGAUCAGACGGUCACCGACCUCCCCUUCCUCCUCACUCUCGAGCCGACUGAUCGUCCCCAGGCGUCUUGUCGCCACCGCUCCUCUGCACAUUUCGAUGUGAUGGAGACGGGGUACGACUUCAUUCUCGGCACUCCGUGGUCUCAUCGGUUCCGCAGCACCAAGGCCGAUUGGGCGACCAACACUCUCGUUCUCAAAACGAAGUGUGGACAAACGUAUCGCGUACCUUUCAUAGGUACCACUGCGACACCACGCCCCGAUCCUCCUCCCCCGGAGCCUUCCGUGCCCACACCAUUUCCUUCUAUCACUAUCACCUCGCCUCGGCAGUUCGCUUACUUCAUCGGACAGGACGACGUUACCUUCUUUAUGGUGAACGUGACGGAUCUCUUACACUAUGAUCCACCCUGUCCCGACGCCGAGCUCAUCCCUCUGGAGCCAGAUCCUCCUUCUAUCUCCAUGGCUCCCAUCUCUAUUUCUCAACCUCCGUCGUCCGUCGAGUCCACCCUGUCGUCGCGCGCUGACGCUGACGCUGAGGAACUCACACGUUAUACGGCUGGCGUGGAGCCCGCCGUUCGUGACCUCAUCCGAGAGUACCACGACGUUUUCCAAUCGUCGUUCUCGUACGCCGACAUCCCACCGAUGCGCGACGUUGAGCACUCCAUCCAGCUUGUGCCUGACUAUCGAGUGCACCACCAGGCACCCUACAGACUCUCGAUCCCCGAGGCCACUGAACUCAAGCAUCAGCUUGAGGAACUCCUGAGACUGGGUUUCAUUAAACCCAGCAACUCCCCGUGGGGUGCACCUGUCCUCUUUGCUCGCAAAGCGGAUGAAACUCUCUGUCUCUGCAUCGACUAUCGCGGUCUCAACCGCUACACGGUUAAGAACAACUACCCCAUGCCUCGUUCCGAUGAGCUGUUCGACCGCCUAGCAGGCAACCGCUUCUUUACGAAGAUUGAUCUUCGUAGCGGUUACCAUCAGAUCCACGUCGUUGCAGCCGAUCAGCCGAAGACCGCGUUCCGAUCGCGCUUCGGCCACUACGAGUUCACGGUGAUGCCAUUCGGCCUCACCAAUGCACCCGCCACCUUUCAGAGGGCGAUGAGAGACAUCUUCAGGGACAUCCUGGAGCAGUACGUUCUCGUCUACCUCGACGAUAUCCUGGUCUAYAGUCGUACCCUUGAGGAGCACCUCAGACACCUCCGCGACGUCCUUGACCGCUUGCGCAGACAUGGCUUCUACGCCAUGCUGAGCAAGUGCCGCUUUGCCCAGCACAAAGUGGAUUUCUUAGAACACUACGUGUCUGACCAGGGUCUCCACAUGGACGACGCGAAGAUCACUUCUAUUGCGGAGUGGCCCGCCCACACAUCCGCCAAGCAGCUUCGCAGCUUCCUAGGCCUGACCAGCUACUAUAGUAACUUCAUUCGGGGAUACACUAGGUAUUCCUACGUCCUUACCUCCACCCUCCUCUGGAAGAACCCACCCUGGGCUUGGACACCCCUCCACGAGGACGCCUUCCGCGCCCUCAAGAAGGCGGUGACAUGUGCACCGGUUCUUCACCUACCCGAUGCAUCAGACUUUGCUGUAGGAGCAGUGCUUUCUCAGGUCUUCCCCUCCUCUCCUGAUUCCUCUCAUCCUCUUAUCCCUCGCUUCCCACCACCUACCCCUACCACUGCUUCCCGACUGACGCCUACUCGUCCAGCUACUGACGAGCCUUCUAUUGACUAUUCUCCUACCAUCGCCGAGGACGGCACUAUCGAGACUCGCUCAGGUGAUUGUCCGAUAGCCUUCUACUCCCGUCAGCUCCUGCCCGCCGAGAUAAACUACACUGCUGAUGAACGUGAGGGCACCAGAGAGCCCCGUAUUUGCGUCCUCUCCACUGGACAGCUACGUGUCCGAGCAGUAGCAGAGUUCCAUGACCAGGCAGCCGUCGGUCAUAUGGGCUUCCACAAGACGUUGGCUCUUGUGAGCCGCCUGUACAUCUGGCCGAAGCGCAAGGACUUUGUGAAGGACCUCGCAGAGUGUCCUACCUGUCAGGAGGUGUACAGUGCGAACCACCUUCCUUAUGGUUUGCUCCAGCCUCUUCCUAUCCCUGAGGGUCGUUGGCAGUUUAUCUCGAUGGACUUUAUCGGUCCUCUUCGACCUCCGACUCUCCGCGGUCAUGAUGCUAUCCUGGUCGUCGUCGACCGCUUCACGAAACGUGCACGCUUUGUUCUGUGCCGCUAUGCCAUCAGUGCACGUGAGGUUGCCGACAUCAUGUUUGACCGAGUCGUGCGUGACCACGACUUACCUUUGAGCAUCAUAUCUGACCGUGACCCGCGCUUUACCAGCCGAUUCUUGCGAUGGCUCGACGAGGUGUACGACACUCAGCUCCGCUUCUCCUCGUCUUACGAUCCUCAGACUGAUGGUCAGACCGAGAUCAUGAACAUGACUCUCGGAGAUAUUCUCCGAAAGAUUGCUCGUGACGACCAGCAGUGGGAUCUCCAUCUUGCCCACGCGGAGAUAGCCUACAACCACGCCGUCUCGCCAGCCAUGGGGAUGUCACCUUACUAUUGCGACCUCGGCUAUCACCCUCGUGUUCCCGCGGACUUCCUUCGACCGUCACAGAUGCACCCCGACACGAGUUCGGGAGGUACCCAGGUACCGGGUGCAACGCCUGAUAUUCGCAAUAUUUUGGUGGGUGAUAUUUGGUUCCGGGCUGCAAUCCAGGUCCUGCCAGAGACCACGUCCCUCUGGGACUCUGCUUUCGUCUUUGCCUCUAUAGCUGCAUCCAUAUAUGAUACAUUCGUGGUUCAGUUGUACAUCAAAGGUCAGGUCAGCGUCUGGGGACCACUAACUGCGAUCAGGCAAGGUGAUGCUCAACAUCCUCCAGACCCGACCUGGAUGCCUGUGCAGCUGACCAUAGAUCCAGAGUAUCCCAGUGGCACUGUCGUUCUUGCCACCGCUGGGCUCCAUGCGCUGGAGAGCUAUCUCGGAACGAGCGACGUCUCAUUCACUGUGACAAGCCUUGGCAUAACUAGAACGUUCAGAUCACUGUACGAGUACAUUGAUUUCGCAGCUGAGCAUAGUUUGGAGGCUUGCUCCAUAGGCGGUGUCGGAAGAGUAUCUGGAGGAGGAGGAGGCGGAGAAGGGGGGGUUGGAGGCAGAGUAGAAAGAGGAGAGGGAGGUAGAGCAGGAGGAGGAGGAGGAGGAGGGUACAAUGAACAGAACGGAUCAUCACCGUUGUUAUCAUGGAGGACUACGACUGCGCUGACGUCCGGAAGUAACCACGGUUCUAUACUUAGUGUCAAUCCUGUUGUCGGAGUGGAGGCUAGGGUGCUGAUAGGGCCACCAUCGCCGUCUAGCAUCGUUGUCCUGAACCUUGAUCUGGUAGAUAGUGGCGGUACAGCUGACGCAGUGCUCAGCGAACCAGCUGCGCCGCCCUUCGACGCUCCUGCCACUCCGACAUACUCAUGCUCGUCUAUCAUACAGAACAUUGUCGUACAUCAGACGCAGACGCACUUUUUCUAUCUCCUUAAGGAGAUGUGCUAUGACUAUGCUAAUAGAACGGAACUCUUGACUCGUUAUUCCGUCCGCAGGGCAGAUCUCGCGUCGCACAGCGAAACUGUAGUCGUGGGUAGGCAAUUGCUAACCUACUGGUGGCUCGCUAACAAUGCCAGCGGAGAUGCAAAUAGAUCUCCUGAUAUCGACGGGAUUGGCGCGAUUGGAAGACAAGCUAUGGCAUUUUUGUACGGUUCCAUGGCGCCAUCGACAAAUGGCAAGUACCUGCUCCUCGCAACCGGGAUCAAGUACGGAGUCCCAUCGCAUAUCGUGUUCCUGAACGCAGAGAACGGCAGCAGAUUAGCGUUCAAAGUGGACGCCUACAACCCGCAGAGCGUGGCAUUCGAUGCCAGGACGAGCCGGCUGUACAUUGCCGACUUCAAGCCUAACGAAACUCUUCGCAUUCUCUCUGCAGUCCUGACAAUCGGUGAGAACGAUCUUCCGACAGGCCGUGUGAUUAGCUUCGGCAACGCCGCGACAUUUACACCGGCUUCCUAUCCGACGAUUAAGGAUGUGCAGUUCGGCGCGCAGAGCCUAGACCCAGGGGGGCUAUGCCUCUACGUCGGUGACGAGAAGAAUCACACUGUCCGGGCGAUUAAUCUUACAGCGCCUGAUGCUUCCAGUCCUAUCGUUGUGGCGGGAUUGGGAACGAAAGGAGACGAUGAUGGGGAUGCUUUGAAGGCGACUUUCAGCAGUCCGUUCGAGCCCGUUGUCACAGCCGAUGGGUGCAACUUAUUCGUGGCUCAGGGUGGCGGCACUACCGGGAGACUGCGAUGGGUAACUCUCGACUCGCCGUGCAGUCGAGCGCGCAAUGUCAGCACUGUGGCCGUCUAUCCAUCCAAAGGCUUACGGAGCUUGGCGCUGAAUGACGACGGUACUUACCUUCACCUGUAUGUGGGAACUCGCGAUGGACACGUGUUCAAACUGGAGAUUCGAAGGGAUGCUUUGCACAAGUGCGCAAUCGCACCUCCUCCCCGUAUGGAUGGCGGGAGGAAGAGUCGUCGUCACGCUCUCAUCGCAAUCGGGUUCGCAAUUGCUGUGCUCAUUGUCGCUGUUUGCGCAUCUUGUCUGCUCUGCAGCUGCCGCCGUAGGAAAUGGCGGAAAAUGGGGGAGGCCACCGCCGCAUCAUCGUCUCCAACCGCAGCGAGGAUAAUCGCCAUCGGCGCUGCGCCGCUGUGCGAGGACGUACACGAUCAUGGGGGAACUAGCCCGCGCGCCUUGCUGGCUUUUCCCCAGACCACACUGUCAGAUUCGAACGGCGACGACAGCGAGAGGCUCAAUCCGACGCGCGUGGAAGAGUUCCCGCUCUCUACCCUCUCUUUCUGUACCCGCAACUUCGAUCAAAGCCAUCGAAUUGGGGACGCAGGGGCGUUCGGGGAAGUGUUCUGGGGCAGGGUGGCUUUGAGGGACGUAGCAGUCAAGCUGAUGAGAGGCAAUCUGACGGCGGCAAAGAGGAAACAGUUUGUGGCGGAGGCCAACACUCUCAGCCGUCUGCAUCAUGCCAAUCUCAUCGAGCUAAUCGGAUAUUGUCAGGAGGGUGAUCGCGCCAUGUUGGUUUACCCUUUCUUCCCGGGCGGGAGCUUGCACGCCCGCCUGCAUAAUCGCCCACUCGUGGCCGGCGUCUCCCCUUUUCCCCCACUCACUCUGUUCGAGCGCAUGCGCGUCGUCCUACACACCGCGGAGGGGAUUCGAUACCUCCACCAUGGCGCUGAUCCCCCAGUCAUUCAUCGAGACAUCAAGAGCAGCAACAUACUCCUCAGCGAUGGACUGGGCAAGGAUCUUCGGGCGGUAGUUGCCGACUUCGGCCUCGCAAAGAUUGUGAAGAGCAUACUCAAAACGGAACCCGACACUUCAGCGUCCGUGUCAAGAAUAGUGGGAACGCCGGGCUACAUGUCACCCGAAUAUAUUAAGCAAGGGAGAUUGACGGAGAAGCAUGACGUGUAUGCGUUUGGAGUUGUUGUCUUUGAGGUAAUUACUGGUAGAUCGGCGCUCCUUGGGGAAGCGAGCGGACGGCAGACGAUUGUUGACUGGAUCCGUCCGUUAUUCAGCGAAGAACAGGUGAAUCUCACGACCUUUACCGUCGACUCUUCGAUUCGUGAUGACGUCAUCAGGAGCUCUCACACCAGAAAGGUCGUGAUGGACGCCCUCAGGCUGGCCCGCGACUGUACAGAAGACAAGGAUUAUCUAAGGCCGUCCAUGAGCACGGCUGUCGAAAGAGUCGCGGCCAUCUUGUCGGAAUUUACAAUGCAAGGAGGGCCUUAUUCCACAGAUUGAGGCCGUUGUCGAGCUGUGGAUUGGUUACUCUGUUUUUGGAUUUGUUGCCAGAGCAAUAGAUUUCCAAGACUUGACAAGCGGUCGGCCGAUGGGAUCGGAACAUUGAUUGAUUGGUUGAUCUAUUCGUUGAUUGAUUGAUUGAUUGAUUGAUUGAUUGAAUCACCGAUUGCAGGAGAGAAGAGGCCGUCCACUUUCGCAGUUGUUUAGAAUUAGACAGCGGAGAUGAAUCCCUUCUUUUUAGUCUCUGUCGUGUUCAUCAACACCGGUCUUUAAACUGUACAAUUUCCUAGUCUAGAUUGUACCCUAACUCGCACGCCUGCCUCCGCGUGAAAUCAAGAUGCGGAAGAGGUUUUCCGUUCAAUGGUGCAGCCGCUAUCCGUCUUUCAGAUUAGAUUCAUGGACCUCGAGCCGUCUCAAGCGACGGAUACGAGUUCUUGUCACUUGAUUACGAACUAACCGCUCUCUGUCCUACUCCUGAUUGGCGGGGGGCGAGGACGCCUGGGAGGUCUCUGUUGUAAUGAAUGGGUUAUUUCUAA